AUGGCGACCGUCGUACCACCCCCGUCGAAGCGCCAGAAGCGCCAGGACCUCGAGCGCGCCACAUAUCAGCAAGAUGUGACGGCCGCGGCGGCGGGCCCCGAAGGCUCGUUCAAGGCCCGGUUCCUCGAUGGCGAUGGCAACCAAAUGGCCGAUGUCAUUGAGGUUCCUCUUGCGCAUGCGUCAGAGAAGAAUCUGUCUACCCUUCUUAACACCAUGCUGGAGAGGGAACGAGAAGAGUUCUUGCCGUACCGCUUCCGCAUCCACAUUCCCGAGAAGGAGAUAAUUGUCGACCAAUACCCAACGGACCUGCUCAAACUCCUACGCGACCAUGGAAUUGAGAACCCGUUUGAGACGACUGUGACGCUGAGCGCCGAGCCCCAGGCCGUCUUCAAGGUGAAAGCCGUCACGCGCAUGUCUCACAGGAUACCCGGGCACGGCGAGGCCAUACUGGCGGGACAAUUCAGCCCGGCCAAUAGCAACAGAUUUGCGACGGGAUCAGGCGACAAGACGGCACGCAUAUGGGACACGGACACUGGAACCCCCAAGUUCACGCUGUCGGGUCACUCUCACUGGGUGCUGUGUGUGUCGUGGUCCCCGGAUGGUAAGAGGCUGGCCACUGGCAGCAUGGACAAAUCAGUGCGCAUCUGGAACCCAGAGACGGGCAAAGCUGCGGGUCCGGCCCUCACCGGUCACCUCAAGUGGAUCACCAAUAUUGCCUGGGAGCCGUACCACCUGUGGAAGGACGGAUCGCCGCGUCUGGCAAGUGCGAGCAAGGACACGACAGUUCGUAUCUGGGGUGUCAACACUGGCAAGAUUGAGCACAUCCUCUCUGGCCAUAGGAGUAGCGUCACUUCCGUCCGCUGGGGUGGAACCGGACAGAUCUACACGGGAAGUCAGGACAAAUCAGUACGCGUGUGGGAUGCCGAUAAGGGAACCAUGAUUCAUACCCUCUCUGCUCAUGCGCACUGGGUCAACCACAUUGCUCUCUCGUCCGAUUUUGCUCUGCGUACCUCUUACUUCGACCACACGCCGAUCCCCGACACUGAAGAAGGAAAGAGGCAAAAGGCCAAGGAACGAUUCGAGAAGGCCGUCAAGGUUCAGGGGAAGACUUCGGAGAGGAUUGUCUCCGCAAGUGACGAUUUCACAAUGUAUCUCUGGGACCCUGCACAAGGCACAAAGCCCGUGGCUCGCAUGCUCGGUCACCAGAAGCAGGUCAACCAUGUCACCUUCUCGCCGGAUGGCAUGCUCAUUGCCAGCUCAGGAUUUGACAACCACACUAAGAUUUGGAGUGCAAGGGACGGCCGUUUCAUCAAUACCCUUCGUGGCCAUGUCGCGCCUGUCUACCAGUGCGCCUUCUCUGCUGACUCGAGACUGCUCGUUACCAGCUCGAAGGAUACCACGUUGAAGGUUUGGUCCAUGGCUACAUGUCAGCUCGCGGUAGAUCUCCCCGGUCAUCAGGAUGAGGUCUACGCCGUUGACUGGAGUCCUGACGGGAAAAGGGUCGGCAGCGGAGGAAAGGACAAGGCAGUCCGUCUUUGGUGCAACUAG